UAAAGUGUAAGAACUCAUUUUGAAAUCGUUACCACAACUGGCAUUUAUCUUUAAUUAACUCUUAAUAUAUCCACAUUGCAACACGCAGCUACCAUCAGGAUGCAGGACCAUCUACUACACGGCUGCCAAGCCCAUUCAUAUUUACAUAAACAAUUGACAAGUAUGGAUUUUCGGAAACAGAUUUCACGAUUCUUAGGGAAGGCAGCUCAUAGACGAUGGAAGGAUGUAGCAAGUGACAUAAUGGCAGUAAUUGGAGGAAUUAAACCCAGUUUUUUGUAUGACUAUUCAACUUGUGAUUCAAAAUUUUUGGACAAACUUGUUGCCGAAAUGGAAUCAUUGACCAAGUGGGAAACACAGAAAGCUGACAUUUCUCUCUCACCUGAUAGUGAUAGUGAGAGGGUUGCAAAUCAUGGUAUUCGAACAACUGGUACAUUGAAUAUAAAGGAUGAUGUAGUUGUCUUCAACAAAGAAAUUUUGAUCAGAAAACUCAAACAUUUUAUUUUGACCAUGAAGAGUGAUGCAACUGAUACUGAUAGAUCAGGAGAGGAGAACCCAAAUGAACAAGUUUAUACCUUGGUUGAUGUUAGUGGAAAACUGUUGAAUCCAACCUUGGCAGACAGAAGUAUUACUCAGGAGAUAGUGAUCAUAGCAAAGGACAUUUUAACACAGAUUGAAGCUGAAUUUGCUGACCCAAGGCGGAGCUCCGGUGAGGUAGCAGCAACUAUUCAUAUCGAAGAUCAUUGGAAUGUAUCAACAAUAUUUGGCCUUUUGCUUGGAUACCCAGUAUUGUACUGGUAUCAAGUUGAUAUUCAAGACAAUUGCCUUGCUUAUACUCCUCUCAGUGUCAUCAAAUGUACAUGUAAAUGCAUGGUUAAAACAAACAACUGUGGCUCAGAGAAUGUUUGCAGAUCUAUAAAAGAGAUGAGCAAUCAUGAUCAUGUUAUGUACUCGUUCAGUAUUCCCAGUCUCUUAUUUGAGCAUGCAAGCAAACGAAUUGCAAAAUGGAAAGAGUCUAUAUGUCAUGCUGUAGAUUUAUGUGAAUAUUUUACUUCUGCUUCUUUUGAAUGUAACACGGUAACAUUGCCGGUAGUUGCAUUAUGAAUGGAUUGUGAAACAAGUCAUUUUAGGCCUGCAGACCAACAAUUAAAUGUAGGAAUACAUGCAGUACCAGUGCAUUACGAAAGAAUGCAUAAU